CAAGGAUGGCUUUUGGCACGCGCCUACACUUCUCAUCCGCCUACCACCCCGAGACUGACGGACAGACCGAACGGGCCAAUCAGACGAUGGAGCAGGUGAUUCGCGCCACCUGCGAUGACGUGGCAGACUGGGAGCAGCAACUGCCACCGAUUGGGUUCGCGUAUCAUAAUGCCCCGAAGCAUUGGCAAGUGCUCCUGUCAGCUGCAGAGGGGUGGUGAGGGCAGUGUGUGUCCCCCGUGGGGUGCAC